AUGGCUCAGUAUUUCUGUGGAGGUUUUUUAGCAUUUUUCUUUCUCAUCUCCACAGCGCUCUCCGCACCAGCCGCUGUAGACCCAACCGUGACCAUCGCAUCCGGCAUUAUCAUAGGAACCACAACUAAGUCCGUCAACCAACCAGCGCUUACCGCAUCUGCCAAUGCUUACCUUGGAGUGCCCUUCGCGAAGUCUCCACCAGAAAGAUUCGGUCCGCCAGAAGCAGCGCAUCCAUGGCCCACGCCAUUGCAGGCUAAGGCUGUGAAGCCUGCAUGUAUACAGCAGUUUCCUGGGCUCGGGCAAGCACAGGAACUGAACAAGCGAUUCUUCAACAACCCCGCUGGCCCAGCUCCUGAGGAGAGUGAGGAUUGCUUGUAUCUCAAUGUAUACACUCCGCCGGGUGUGACGCCUGGCAGCAAAAAAGCAGUUAUGUUCUGGCUGUUCGGGGGCAAUCUACAGUUCGGCACAGGUGGUCUUCAGUAUUACGACGGUAGCUCCCUUGCCAUCACCCAGGAUGUCGUCGUAGUGACCAUCAACUAUCGCACCAACAUCUUUGGCUUCUCCAACUCUCCAGAAGUCCCAUUUGGCUCCCAAAACUCAGGCUUCCUUGACCAACGUUUUGCACUUCAAUGGGUACAACAGAACAUCGCUGCUUUUGGUGGGGACCCCUCACGCGUGACCCUCUUUGGCGAAUCCGCGGGCGGUGAGUCUGUGAAACAACUCCUGGCUAAUCCUCCCUCUCCACGUCCAUUUUCGGCUGCAAUCCUCCAGAGUCAAAAUGCUGUGCUCACCGGGAACGGUGCGUUGAGUUACACCAAAGUUCUUGCCAAUUUUGGGUGUUUGAACAUCGCGUGCUUAAGAGACAUCGAUGCUUUCAAGAUCAAGAGCUAUAUUGAAGAAAAGACUCUGUUUUUUCCACCAGUAAACGGCGAUGGGACGUCCAUUGACGAUGUAAGACGCAGUAUCGAGAAGGAAAAAUGGGCAGAUGUGCCUACAUUCUUCGGUACCACCCUUAAUGAAGCGCGCGUGUUCCUUGCCAUUCUAGGUUUGAAUAAUGGCACUGCAGCUGUCGAUGGUGCGUUUGAGAGCGUGGGGAUCACAAGUCCGUUGGUCAGGGAGAGCAUUCUGGCCAUGUACACCGCGCGAGGCAUCGACGAUCUCUAUCUAAAAGCGGAUCACAUACUGACCGACUUGUUGUUCACGUGCACGACGAGUACCCUCACCUCCUUACUUGCUCACAAGGGCUUCGAAACCUACCGCUACCGCUUCGACGCCUCCUUCCCGACUACAUCGCUCUUUGAUAACUCUGGUGCUUACCAUACCUCUGACAUUCCCGAGGUCUUUGGAACAUACCCGCUGUCCAACGAGGCCGGUGUUGCGACCACGCAGCAAAUUGAGCUGAGCGCGUUCAUGCAGAAGACGUGGGCAGAUUUUGCGAAGAACCCGGACAGAGGUGUAGGAUGGCCAAAAGUGGGUAGCGCCUUUGGAAUGGAGUUGGGCUUGUUGGGGAGCGAUGGUAGUAGUGGCGUUGAUGUUGUGCACACCAUCACCGCAGAUUAUCCUUGUUUGUUGCUUGCACCGAUUGGAGACUUGUCGAAGUUGAACUACAAGUGA